AUGAAGAAAUCAAUCUGUCUUUCUCUUUUGGCAGUGCUGUGUAUAGUGUUUGCUCCAGCAGAUGGCUAUGACGGACUGAAAGUGGGUUAUUAUAGCCAUACAUGUCCUCAAGCUGAAUCAAUUAUCAACAGUACGGUCUCAAAAGCUCUAAAGGAGGAUCCUCUUUUAGCUGGGGUCAUUAUAAGGAUGCAUUUCCACGAUUGUUUCGUGAGGGGUUGUGAUGGAUCAGUUCUUAUAGACUCCACACCAGGAAAUAAAGCAGAGAAAGAGUCACCUGCAAAUUUCCCAAGUCUUCGUGGGUUUGAAGUGAUCGAUGAAGCAAAACGGAUAAUAGAAUCUGUCUGUCCUCAAGUAGUGUCAUGCGCUGACAUAAUUGCAUUUGCCGCACGAGAUAGUGCAUAUAAGGCUGGCAAAAUUAGCUGGUAUGUCCCAGCCGGACGCAAAGACGGAAAUAUUUCAAAAGAUGAAGAAAUCAUUAACAAUUUACCUCCUCCUUCCCUCAACUUCCAACAAUUGACGGAUUUGUUUGAGCAGAAAGGCCUCUCUCAACAAGACAUGGUAGUUCUAUCAGGUGCGCACUCCAUUGGUACCUCACAUUGCUCUUCGUUUCAAGAUAGGCUUUACAACUUCAAUAACUCAGGUGUUGUAGACCCUUCAUUAGACCCUCAACUGGCCAAGAGUCUCAAGUUUAAUUGUCCACCUACAAUGACUUCUGAUCCAACUGUACCUUUGGAAAACAAUACACCAACCAAGCUGGACAAUGUGUAUUACAGCGAGCUUCUCAGAAACAGGGGACUAUUAACAUCUGAUCACACCUUAAUCACAAAUUCUGAUACUCGAAAAAUGGUGCAGACUUAUUCAAAUUACCCAACAUUAUGGCGUAGGAAGUUUGCCUACGCAAUGGUGAAGAUGGGCACCAUUGACGUCCUCACUGGAUCUCAAGGUGAAAUCAGAAACAACUGUAGAAUCGUAAAUAGGAAUUGA